AACGCCACGCACGGUUUAUUAGUUGCCGCUUGCUGGUAGAUCAGUGAAACCUGCAGGAAUUGGCAAGGCAUAUAUCAGAGAUCAUUAAAUGUUUUAUCCACCCCAGAGAAUUCACCUUAGGAUAUUUUUGUGGAGUCCGCACUUGGUAGCCUACAGAGAAUAUGGGCAACUCUUACGCCGGGCAGCUGCGGACCACGCGUUUUGAGGAGGUGCUGCACAACUCCAUCGAGGCGUCCCUCCGCUCCAACAACGUCGUCCCUCGACCCGUCUUCUCCCAGCUGUAUCUGGAAGCAGAACAUCAUGCUUCAAACCAAGAAGCAGGAAGACCAGACAAUGAGGAAGAGGAGGAAGAGAGUUCAGAGUCCAACAGUCCCCCCAUCCCUUACCAGAUGAAGCCCCCACCAGAGGGCUCCUGCACCACCGAUGGAUUCUGUCGGUCAGGGAAAGACUUACGCCUGGCAUCGAUUGCCAACGACUCCCUAGAGGUCCCACCGGGAUUCCUGCUUGUGGGAGCCAAGUCUCCCAGCUUGCCGGACCACGUCCUCGUGUGUGCUGUGGACGGCCGCUUUCUUCCCGAUGAGACCGGACGCAAUGCACUUUUAGGGUUUUCGGGUAACUGCGUGGGGUGCGGCGAGAAAGGCUUCCGGUACUUCACCGAAUUCUCCAACCACAUCAACCUGAAGCUCACCUCGCAGCCCAAGAAGCAGAAGCACUUAAAGUACUGCCUCUUCCGGAACGGCCAGGGGGCGCUAGUGAAGGGGCCGCUCAUCUGCUGGAAGGGCACUGACGGUCGAGUGAAGCAGGCAGCUCCUAAUGCCAGUCUGAGUCAGAUGACCUCCGAGGAGCUCUUGCCCACCCCCGUUGCCACAGAGAUGCUGCCAGCUACUGGUCACCAUGCCCCAGGAGCAGUCGCUGUCCAAUCAGACGCGGCAGUCCCUGGUUAUACUCACGGAGCUUCCACUCCCCUGACUAAUGGCAGAGACUGUCCACUCUCCCAGCAGUCAUUGCAUCAGUCGGCCGCCCACGGCCCGGGAAAACCUUCCGCCGCAGCAAAUGUGGGACCCCCGAAAAAGAGACACAAGGGCUGGUCACCGGAGUUGCCCCCCGCUGUCGAGCCUGCUGCCAGGACGAAUCCUGUAACAGCCAAUGGCACUAGAACAGACAAUGGAGCCCUCGUAUGUGUGUCCGAGGGGUGCUCGCCCCUUCUGCCCCCCACGGAUUCCGUCUCGGUGCCAGACUGCCUUUUACAAACCUGCGGACUGCAGCCCGUCCUCUUCAAAGGCCACGGGAAGAUGCCCGCCCUGUGCGGGAAUGUGAACGACGUCAUCGUGAGCUCCCUGCUGGAGACCUGUUACUGCAGGUCUCAGGCGCUGCCCAGGGUUUACGAGCAGUACGGGGCGUCGUCCAUCCAGCCACUGUCCACCGAGAUGCAGAUCCUGCUCACCGUCUACUACCUGGUGCAGCUGGCGCCCGACCAGGUGCCCCUCGUAGAGGACCUGGAGCAGAUCUUCAUGCGCUCCUGGCGCGAGUCUCACCUCACAGAGAUCCGGCAGUACCAGCAGACCCAUCCCCAGCUGCCGCCCCUUCUCCCUGGGCCAGGCCAGCCUCUCACGGCCUCCCAGCUUCCCUGGUUGGCCAAGCUGGCCACCAGUUCCUGCGGACCGGUGGUGCUGGUGCUGGACAGUCCUGCUUCUCUGGCUGAAGGCCUGGAGGAGACUUUCCUCAGCCUGCUUGAAGGCAAAUUGGCCCAGACCAAUUACGUGAUCAUCAUCUGCACGUCCAGCGGCCAGGAGGUAGAAUCCUGCAUCGUAGUUACCGGGAAGCGGCAGGCUCGCGCCUUGGCUGAGAGCAUGUACACCCCCGGGGAGUCCCUGAAGGAGAUCAGUUACCAGCUGGCCACGGGGAAAGUGGGAGUUCUGGGAGCCUUCUUCAGCACGCUGGGCCAAGAUGGUGACGUAGACGGCUUGCUGGGAGAAUUUCGCCUGGAGAAUAGUCAGUCUUCACUCUCCAGCAGUCCUGAAUCUUCAGAUGAUUUUCUCAAAGGCUGCUGUGCAGAGUACCGGGUCGAGUGGCAUCAAAUCCGGCCCAUUCAGCUGGCAGUAGCCCGGAAGCUGCUGUCCCACGUGUGUGCCAUCGCCGACUCCAGUACCCAGAACCUGGACUUGGGCUCCUUCAACAAGGUGGAGUUCCUCAUCUUCGUCCCCCCCUCUGAGGUCACCUUUCAUCAGAUUGUCCUACACUUGUGGAGUUCAGGGAUCCUGCAGGAACUUGGCCUGGACACGAAGUGCACGUCGCUAACGGAAGCAGAGCAGUACGUGGUGCGGCUGAACCACGAGGCCCAGGGCAGGAUCACCACGCUCAUCCAGAAGUCUAAAAUGAAUCCCUCCACCCUGUUCGUCCUCGUCCAUGAUCACGCGCACUGGGACCUCAGCAGGGGCCCCUACAGCGGCGGAGAAUCCAGCACCGGCCUGGUGGACAGUCUGCUGAACUGCCGCGGCAUCUGGGACACGCCGAACAUCUUAAUGCUCCAUGUCACGUCCUUCCCCUUCGCCCUGCAGACCCAGUACACCCGCAUCAGCCCCUACAACGAGGUCCACUGGCCAUCCACUUUCAGCAACGACAUGGACCUGUACCAUGAGAAGACCAAGUAUUUCGGGGUGUCCGAGUUGCUGGAGUCGACUCGCUCAGGGAGUGGGCUGCCCCUCCUUCGAUACGACAGCUCCUUUGAGAGCAUGGCGGCCGCAUUAGGAGAAAGGUUUCCCCAGCUGCACAGUGCCAUCAUCCGGACCCACGUGCUGGUGCAGCACUACGCACUGGCACUCAUGGUGGCUAUGGGCCGCUCCUGGCUCCAGAAGCACACCUCCGUGGAAACGCUGGAGAUGGUGCAGAGCCUUCUCCGCUCCUCCCGAAGCUGCCCCGCCCACCACGGGCCCAUGGUGCUCCUGCGCAUCCCCUCGCUGCCCCUGGCCUCUCUGGCCUUCCAGCGCCUCCGUCAGGUCCGUGACGGCCUGGGCCUUCAGGAUCGCUUCGAGAUCAUCCUGGGAAGCCCUGGAGCACCCUUGUCCAUAGGCAAGAAGUUCCUGGACCAGCUCAAGAUGUGGUUGAACAUCCAGGAUUCAGACUGGGUUCCUCACACGUACCUGGAGCUGGAGGCUCUGCCCUGUAUCCUCAUCUUCACUGGCAUGGACCCCCAGGGGGAGUCACUGCCCCGAUCCCUGAAAUACUGUGACCUACGUCUGCUGAGCUCGUCGUACCUGCAGCGCACCUCCCUGGAGCAGGAGCUGGGCCUGGCAGCCUACCUGGUGAAGGCCGACCCGCAGGGGGAGAACACGACCCUCAGCGACUUGUCUGAGAGCGACCCAGAGAAGAUGAGCGGGACUGACAACGAGGACGACGUGGUGGUGCUGGAUACAGUAAACUGUCGGCCCCCUGUCCCGGAGCAGCCCUCCCUCGUGGCCAGACAGGUUCCUGACAGCAGCGUCCUGGACUUGGACAAACAUGGGGGCCAGCAGGCUGUGAGCGGAGCUGCCGGCGCCCCCCACAGUCAGCCCCGCCCUCAGAGGACGCCAUCCAAGUCGACGUCAUCGGGCUCCUCCUCCUCACAGUCACCACGGGGCUUCCAGUGCUCCUGGGCCCACGGCCUGAACCGGGCGCCCGUGGUGCUGGUGCCCAAGGUGGUAUACGACGUCAUCACAUCGGUGGACGGCAGCGGCCUGCCCAAGUCCACGUCCUUCCUGCCGCACCGCGCAGUCGAGUGGGCCAGCUCUUUCCGCCCGCUGCUCAGCAAGAUGAUGACCUGCACGGAGCAGUCGCUCUACUACCGCCAGUGGACCGUGCCCAGGCCCCAGCACAUGGACAGCAGCAACCGGGCCGAGGGUCGUACCGACAACUUCCACCCCCGCCGUCUUCUGCUCAGUGGACCUCCCCAGGUUGGGAAGACCGGAGCCUACAUGCAGUUCUUGGGCAUAUUGUCACGGAUGCUCAUCAGGCUGAUGGAGGUGGAUGUAUAUGAUGAGGAAGACAUUCAUUCAGAGGUACAGACGACAACCAUUCAGUAUCACCAGCCGGGUACCGUUUGGCCAAAUGCCGACAUCCUCAAAGUCAUACCUUUCGACUAUACGGUUCACGACCCCAAGUAUGAAGACAUCAGUGGAGUGUACUCUCCAGAGUACACCACUGGAGGUGAAGGAAGUGCCAGAAGGCAGGAUGAUGUGUAUCUGAGACGCCGCACCUCCAGGAUUAAGCUGUCCAAGUACGCUGCCUACAACACCUACCAUCACUGUGAGCAGUGUCACCAGUACAUGGGAUUCAGUCCCAGGUUCCAGCCGUAUGAGUCCACCCUGCACGCUUUCACCUUCUCUCACCUGCUCCUGGGAGAAGAGAUACAGCUCUACUUCAUCAUCCCCAAGUCCAAGGAGCACCACUUUGCUUUCAGCCAGCCUGGCGGACAGCUGGAAAGCAUGAGGCUCCCGCUCACUUCUGAUUGGAAUCCCGACUCCAUCAGGAGUCCCAUUUUCACUCCCACGACAGGACGGCACGAGCACGGCUUGUUCAACCUCUAUCAUGCCAUGGAUGGGGCCGCCCACCUCCACAUCUUGGUCAUCAAGGAGUACGAGCUCUCGGUCUACAAGAAGUACUGGCCCAACCACAUCAUGCUGGUACUGCCUUCUGUAUUCAACGGGGCAGGUGUCGGUGCAGCCCACUUCCUGAUCAAGGAGCUGUCUUUCCACAACCUGGAGCUAGAGCGCAUUCGGCAGGUGGAGCAGGGGAGCCGGCCCCAGGACGUGUGGCCCUUCAUCAUCUUGGCAGAUGACUCCUGCGUCAUGUGGAAUUCCGUGGAAGUUGACACUAGGAGCGGGGGGUCAGCGGCUGUGGAGAGGAACGUGUCACUGAAGCAGGUAUUACAGCACAUGGAGUCAUCGCCAGAGGUCACACGCUAUGGGCUUUGCGGCCUCAGGAAAUGGUCCAGCAAAGGCACCAGGCUGGGGCAGCAUGGGGAGCCCUUCUCUCGUGGUCACCUGCAUGACUUCGUCUUGCUCAACGUGGAUGUUACACGGGAUGUCCAGUACAACCAGAACCGGUUCACGUGUGACGACGUGGACUUCAACCUACGCGUCCACAGCGCUGGGCUGCUUAUCUGCCGCUUCAACAAUUUCAGUGUCAUGAAGAAACAAAUCGCAAUUGGCGGACACCGCACCUUCAUCAUCAAGACCAAGGUCACCUCAGAUCCCAUGUCUAAGGUAACGGACAUUCCUACCUCAGUGCCCCCAUCCCAGUACAUCUGCGCCCCUGACAGCAAGCACACCUUCCUGGCCGCCCCGGCACAGCUCCUGCUGGAGAAGUACCUGCAGCACACCAGCCAGCACAUGUUCCCCCUCAGCAUGCGCAACUACAGUCACCCCGUGCUCUCCGUCGACUGCUACCUCAACCUGGGCCCAGAGGUGACCGUGUGCUUUGCCAGCUCCAGGCCGCACUCCAUCAACAUCAGCACCGCCGGGCUUUUCUUCAGCGGCCUGCUGCUCUACUUCUGCGACUCCUUCGUCACGCCCAGUUUCCUCAAGAAGUUCCAGUUCCUAAAAGGUGCCACCCUGUGCGUGAUCUGCCCAGACCGCAACUCCCUCCGCCAGACGGUGGUCCGUCUGGAGCUUGAGGACCAGUGGAGGUUCCGGCUGCGGGACGAAUUCCAGACGGCCAACACCAAAGAGGACCGACCCGUGUUCUUCCUCACGGGAAAACACGUAUGAGCCGCAGGACCCGUCCUGUGCAAACCAACACCAAGACAGCUACAAACCUCCUACAAAUAAGAUCGUCCUCUACUAGAUCUUCAUCAAGAUGUCGAGGUUGUAUGUUCUCUUGGAAACAGGGAAUUUAUUUAAAGCUUUUCCUUAAAUGAAAUAUAAAUAAAUCAAAUUACAAAACAAUCCAAUGUACUCAAAAAAGGCCUUUGGCCAAAGAAUACUGUCAUUUGGUAAAUAUUUAUCCAUUCAUCUUCCCGCGGCUUGUCCUGUACAUGGCAUGGAAGGGCAAAGCACGGGUUCACCCUUGAUGGUAUGUCAGUCCAUCCCAGUCAAAUAUGAUAUUUCAUAUUUCAGUUUUCAUGAUUGAUUCACAUUACUAACUGGAUACGUCUGUAUGGGUUUUAUCUAAAAUGUAAUUUUGUUUUAUAUACCCUUAUGAAACUUGUAAAACUCCAUGAGUGUUUUAAAUAUUGGUGUAAAUGCUUUUUCAUGUAUUUAUAUUUAAACGUUUGUCAUUUACCGUGAAACAUACCAAAGGAGAUUUUGUACAAGAAUAUUUUUGUAGCGGUUGGGUAUUAUACCAUUUUUAUUAGUUUUUUUUUUUUUUUUUUGAAUGUUGUGAAAAAGUGCUCAGUUUUGUAAUAUAAGUGUGUUUAAUGUAAAAAAAAGUACUUAUUUGUGUAAUCUGACAUACUGAGAUAUACUGUACUAUGUACAAUGCUAUUACUCUGUUCCUCUGUGUGCCCUAUUGUGAUUUCACUGCAAGAAAUGAGUGAUUUAUAUUCCAAAGACUGUAACACAGUAGUACUGUUUCAUUCUGUAUAUAAUUGUAUAAAAUGACUGUCUUGAAGUGUGUAUAUAUGUGUAUAUAUAUAUAUAUAUAUAUAUAUAUUUGUAAUUGACCACAAUUGUUCCUUAUUGUGUUACUUGACUUGUUUUUCACUGUUUUUUAAACAGUGCUUUUAAAAGUAUUUUACCAUUUUAGACUGAUUUUGUAUUUAACUCCCACAUUGCACAUUUAUA